AUGGCAACGGACAGAGAUCAGGAUGGAAUCGACCACAAGAUUCCAACAUGGAAUGGGGACUGGACGACCUUUUCUGACUAUGUCCUACGAGUGGAGCUUCGGGCCGAUGCCACGAAGAAGGAUGACAAGUUUCUCUUGGGUCCACGUUUAGCUGGAAAUCUCACUGGCCGAGCGUUUGACGCUCUUGGGGAAGUCAACCGAGAGGAGCUUCGUAAAGAAGGUGGAUGGAAAUACCUAUUGGAGUUCCUUGAGAGCAAGAGAGGCAAAGAGAAGAUUGACGUACUUGGUGACCUCUUCACUGACUUCUUUGUGAAAAAGGAGUCUCAUCGAAAGGACGGUGAGGAUCUUACCGACUAUGAACCCCGUUUUCGACAGCUGGUUCGACGUCUUGACAAGGCAGUGGCUGACACUGGCUCUACUGGGAAAAUUCCCACAGAAGGUCGAGCCGAAUCAUACAAGCUGGAUGAUAUCAUGGGGGCUCUGAAGAAGAUGUGGUCGGGCGGAGGACUCUGCACCAAGGACUUGGAGAGAAAGAAAAGAAAAGAUGGUCAGACCUAUGUCGCGCAACAGACCUCUGAACCAUCAAUCUAUCAUGAGACGGAGGAGACCUAUGAGAAAGAUUCUGUGAAUGAGGAACUUGAAGAGCAGGCCAUCCUUGAAGAUGCCACUGCAUGGUAUCAGGAAGCUCUUGAUGCUCUGUUGGAGGAACCAGAAGAUUCCACCAUCCUGGCAACUUUCAAGGAAGCUCGCGAAGCGCUCGAUGCAGCGCGGACGGCGCGUGGAUUCUAUCCAGUUCGGAAUCCCAAUGCUCGUCGCGAGGGCUACAAGGGCUUUGGCAAGAAGGGCUACUCUGGCAAAGGUGGUGACAAUCCACAUGCUGACAAACAGCGCCUCCGAUGUGGAAAACGAGGUCACAUUGCCAGAAACUGUCCUCAACGUCCUCAGCAAGGCCGGGGCAGUGCUGAAGGAAAUGGGGGCAUUGGCUUUGUAGAACAGCUGGAACUUUUGGGUUUUGCUGCGGCUGAUGAGAUCUAUGUGGAUCGACAACAGCACAAGAGGUUCACCUUUGGCAACAAUGCCAGUGCCGCAGCUCUUGGAAAAGCCUAUGUGAAUGUCGGCCUCUUUGGGCAUCAGCUGGAAGUGGAGGUUCAUCUCGUUGAGGGCGCUACGCCCUUCCUGCUGAGUGCGAAGUUACUAGCAGAUUUGAAUGCAGUGGAAGAAGCUGGUGGCAGAGCCUUUGCACUAGGACUUCAUAAUGGGUACGAUCUCACGACUAGAGUAGAGAACAAAUUCAACGGUUACUUGAGCUUCGUAGAAAGCAUCGGAAGCUGCUACACCACUGAAGAAGAGCAUGAUGGGGAUUCCUCUGAAAAUGUCGUGCCGGUGGAAGACGCAGAACCCGGAGAAGCACUGAGGUUUACUCCAGCAGAACUCCAGCAGAAACUAAGGAUCAUUCAUCGGAACUUAGGACACCCAUGUCAGAGCACCAUGUUGCGGUUGCUUCGCGACGCUGGAGCUGAUGCUGAGGUACUAUCAGAGGCUGCGAAGUUUGAAUGCCCAGAGUGUUUGCAGCGCGGUCGUCGAUCAUCGACACAACCAGUUGCACCAGCGACCGUGAGAGAGAAGUGGCAUACUGUUUCGGUUGAUACCUUUUGGUGGAAAUAUCCCGAAAAAGCUUUGGCCCCCAAGGAGAAGAAUCAACAUGUUGUGGGUUUGAGCAUUUUUGAUGAAAUGGACUUGAAGACUCUGUACCAGAAGAGCCAGGAGGGAAACGAAUCAGAAGAGAUCCAGCAGUUCCAGAAUCUGUCGAUGGAAGAGAUGGAGCAGGAAGUGAUGAGCUUCGGCAAGUACCAGAAGAAGACAUUUCCGGUGGCCUACGAGGACAAGGGCUACGUGAAGUGGUGCGUGGAGCACGCCGAUUACGACAAGUCCGGCCAGGGCAUGAAGAAGUGGUUGGUGUACCUGCGUCGCAGGUUGGAGAUGGAAGUUCAGGAGAAAGAUGUCAACGAAAGCGGCGGCCCUCCAAAGAUGCCAGCCAGCUCCGUGAGGAACAAGGCGAAGACUGCAUCUCACACCCAUCUCCCGGACAAAGUCGUGGAGACCAAGAUUCCCAUGGACCUGAUGAGCGAGAUGAGCGGGGAGUGGGAUCCAGUGGAAACCACGAAGUUGGAGAUUCUGGAAGGGGAGCUGAUGCAAGUCUCUUCUCGUCUGGAUCAAGUCGCAGGACUGCACCAUCGCAUGAACCAGGUGGAGGGUGUCCUCCAGGAGAUCCUAUCAGUCAUGAAAUCGAAGGCCGCCGCAUGA